UCUGUCCUCCACCUCCGAGGUCAUGAACUGCACCAAACUCGGUGACCCGUGCGGACAUCGACCCUGGUACGAGUUCCACGAGUGCGCCGAGGCCCCGUACGCCUUCGUCUUCUACUUCGCGGUCAAGGUGUUCAACCUGGUGCUGGGGACGCCCUGUAACGUCCUGGUCAUGUGGCACAUCAACAGCAAGAAGAGCGACGCCUCCACCUCUGACAUCUUCAUCUUCAACCUGGCCGUCCUGGACGCCUACUUCUGCCUGAUGACGCCCGUUGAGUUGCUGAACCGGGUCCAAAUGGACGACUAUCGCAUCUGGUACUUUGCGAGGUUCGCGUACGGGAUUAAGGACGUAGCGCCGCUCUUUCUGAUGUGCAUCUGCCUCGAUCGCUACGUGGCCGUGGUUCACCCAAUGCUGUUCACCGGUAUUCGAGACAACAAGAUCCGCAUCGGCAUUUCCGUGGUGGUCUGGGCGCUCAUCCUGGCUCACGGCCUCGUCAAGAGCGUCUUCGGGGUCAUGAGCGUCAACGAGGUCUUCAGUAGCGUCAUCAUGAUCGCCUUCAUCGUCAUGGUCUUCUGCAACCUGUCCGUCAUCUGGGUGCUCCGGCGCUCGGUGGCUGGGAAGGAGGAGAUGCACCCGGUGAAGAAGAAGGCCUUGAAGAUGGUGCUGAUCAUCCUGGCCAUCAUCGUGGCCAGCUACCUGCCCGUGUUUUUCAUGCCCUUCGUGUCCUACUACUCCUUCGUGGUGUUCCAGUGUCAGAUCAGCAUCGCCGUGUACUCCAUCAUGGACCUGAGCUGCAGCGUGGAGCCUCUAGUCUACCUCGUAAAGAUGGAGCGAGUCAGCGUCAGCUGCUGCAGGCGGAAAUCUGCCAAGACGCUUCACGACCCCAAGGCCUAACCAGGCUCAUGCAGAAAUCGACCCGUCUUCUUUCAAAGCAAGUUAGAAAAAGAAGCAGUAUCACAUAAAAUAUUUGACGCCACGUACGCAUCUGCCCAAAGAAAGUCAAAAUGCUUUUCUGGCUUGUGAACCUGUGGCACCAGUUCACUUUGAAAACAAACACCUCUGUUUACACCUCUUUUCCUGCAGCUGUGAUUUGUGUCAUCGGAGGCCGUCAGGUCCUGUGCUCAGGAUGAGCAGGGUCCAGGAUCUGAACUGCAUCUGAUUACUUUUAAAAAUCUCCUUUAAUGUUUUA